AUGUCGAGUCUCUCAAGCCUCGGCCGCUCUGGCCACGAUUCGGAUGUCAAGCUUGCCAGCGAAGAGCAGCUUUCUACCAUCCGAAGAAUGGCUCAGAUCGUCGCGCGCAUCUUUUAUCAAGAUCGUCACAUUGUGCUCAUGGAUCAGCUUGUCAGCAUUACAGUCCUCCCCGCCGACGUCCUUGCCCAUCGUCUUGGUAUUCAGGUCAAAGAGCUCGCUGCUCUCUCUUCCAAGCUGGUGGAAGACAAGCUGGUCUGCACAUUUCGCAGAAACGAGAUCAGAGAUGCAAUCACAAAUCGUACCGUUCCCCGCACAUACUACUAUCUCGACUUCAAGCUCUUCCUCGAUGUUACCAAAUGGCGAAUGAUGUCCAUCCGUAACAAGAUUGACACGCGUCUACGUAACGAGCUGGACAACAAAGGCUACGUAUGUCCACGUUGCAAAAAGUCGUAUUCGACCCUUGAAGUCGCACAUCUUCUCGACAUGUUCCGCAAUCUCUUUGUCUGCGAAACACCCGGGUGCAGCACCGAGCUCGUCGACAACGAAGAGGCCGAGGACGUGAAGCGUAGCAAGGACAGUCUGAUGCGAUUCAACGAACAGCUCUCCACGCUGCUCGGCGGACUUCGUCGUACCGAGGGUAUCACUUUGCCUCCUCUCGAUGUUGCAGCUUGGCUCACCAAGCACGCUGCCUCUCAGCCUUGGUUUACCACCAGGUCCGAAGAUGCUGCCUCGGCUCCCUCUUCUUCCACCAUGAACGGCGCUCCCGCUCUUCAAGUCGAUCUUGCGUCCGACGAUCCUGCAGCAGAAGCUGCUCGACGUCUUGCAAAGCAGAAAGCCGAGGAGGAGCAGCGCAAGCAAAAUGCUCUUCCAGCCUGGCAUCUUGCAAGUACUGUCAGCGGCGAGCAGACCGCUCUCGGUCGCAAACAGCAGCGUCUGCAAACCUCAAACACCUUCGACCUCGAAGAAGGCAAGCACGACCAAGACGGCGACGAGGACGAUUACUAUGCACAAUACGCCAGUCUUCAGACUGCAGAAGCAGCUGCAUCCUCCAAGCCCAGCGACGUACCAGAGGUCGAGGAGGAAGAGUUUGACGACUUUGAGCCCGUCCCAGAGCCAGCAAGGGACACAACGCAGCAGCGCAAGCGAUCACUAUCACCAUCAGGUAGCCAAGCCGAGAACAAGAGAGCCAAGCCAGCAGCCCAGGAGCAAGGCGAUACCGCAACAGCCGCGGAUGGGAACCGCGACGAUGACGACGAUGGCAUGGACGACUUUGAGGAUGUCGUCUAG